UCAGAUCUUAACCUUAUAUAACGCAGGCAUGCAUGGCAGGUCUGGCAGUUUACAAAGUAUUUACCGUUGUAGUCAGUACAUAAAGCAACAACAAUGAGGCCUCGUGUAUUGGUCACCAGUAACGAUGUACCUUCUGCUGGCAUAGAUCUUCUUCGCACAAAAUGCGAUGUCACAAUAAUUCAAAGUUCGAAUAUCGAACGGGAAGAUUUAUUGCAAGCACUGCCUGGUCACGAUGCGGUCUUUAUAGCUAAACAUCAUAGUGUAAACACUGAAUUUCUUAACAUUGCAGGACCAACGUUAAAGGUGAUUUCAACGAUGUCAGCUGGUUACGAUUAUCUGGAUGUGCCUGAAAUUAAAAGAAGAGGAAUCAAAGUUGGACAUACGCCUAUGGUUUUAUCGAACGCGGUUGCAGAUAUUGCUGUACUUCUAACAUUGAGCGCAUCGAGACGAGCUCACGAAGGACGACUAAAACUGGAACAAGAUCAGUAUGAACGCCGUCUUGAUUGGCUGCUUGGUCAAGAUAUAGAAGGAUCAACAGUGGGUAUAGUUGGUCUGGGCAACAUUGGACAAGCUAUUGUUAAACGACUGAAGGGAUUCGAAGUUGGUCGUUUUAUUUAUACAGGCCAUUCUCGUAAAAAAGCGGGAGACGACUUAGGGGCUCACUUCGUAUCUCUCGACGAGCUUCUCGAACAAAGUGACUUUGUAAUCGUCGUUGUUCCGUUGAACAACGAAACAAGAGGAAUGUUUAAUGAUAACACUUUUGGAAAAAUGAAGAAAACCGCGGUACUUGUAAACGUUAGUCGUGGACAAGUUGUAAACACGGAUGCGCUAGUCAAAGCAUUGAAAAAUAAAACAAUUUUCGCGGCUGGCCUCGAUGUCACGAAUCCUGAACCAUUGCCACCUGACCAUGAACUUCUUAAACUUCCAAAUGCUGUGGUCACACCUCACAUAGGCAGUGCUACUAUGAAGACUCGACGUAAUAUGUCAAUUACUGCAGCACAAAACAUUCUCAAUGGGUUAGAGGGUAAGCCAUUGGUGUACGAAGUCUAAUUAUCGAUGUUUGAAAAUUUGAAA